UGAAGUUGAUUGUAUAUGUUUUUGCAGACGUUCGAAGGUCACGGCUCCUCGGUUCUGCGAGUAGAGUUUCUGAGCCGAGGCCUGCAGCUGGUGAGUGUUGGCAGUGACGGCCUCAUGAAGUUGUGGUGCAUUAAGAGCAGUGAAUGUAUGGCCACAUUCGAUCAACAUGACGGCAAAGUGUGGGCUCUUGCAGUGUCAAAAGACGAGCAAGUGCUGGUGACGGGAGGUGACGACUCUAGCUGCAGUUCUGGGUGGAUCGACGGGAGGCGGCUCGUCUGGAGGCGGCCAACGAGAGGCAGACUCUCGUCGAGCACCAACAAAGGCUCGACAACCUCAUUCACAACCACAUGCUGUUGCCUGCCCUCGAACUGGCCCUGCGACUGGAGCGGCCGGCCACUGUGCUCAAAAUUGUCACCAAAUUGCAACAAGAAAGUUCCGAGUCAUUAGACGAUGUCAUCAGAAAGCUGGAUGUGGAUAAGAAAGGAUCUCUAUUGAAAUGUGUGAUCUCGUGGAACUCCAACAGUUAACAAUCAUAUUCGGCGCAG